AUGCAGCUCACCGAAGACGAGGCGACCGAGGUGAAGAAAUGGGUGGUGAAAAAGUUGGAAGACAUAUCAGAUGCUGAUUCGGAUGUGCUUGCGGACUACGUACUUGCGCUUAUUCGGUCAGACGCUCCCGAUGAUGAGAUCAGGAAGGCGUCGGUAGAAAAUUUGGAGGACUUUUUGAGAGAGCAUACCACGCAAUUUGUCGAUGAGCUGUUCGCCACCUUUGGCCCGAAGCAGCAGGCUCCUCCGGCCGUCUCACACCCUCAGACCCAGCCCCCGCUCACUCAUGAUCUACCACAGCCUGUGUCCGUCCCCCAGCAAGCGUUCCCGUACAAUGUGGCCUCCGGCCCUUCUACAGGUGCUUACGGACCGCCAAUGGGCGGCGCCCCCCAGUCGCACACAGCUCCUGACGGCUCGAAUUUUAACCGGAAGCGUACCUACCACGAGGGCUUCCAGACAGAGCAGGAACGUGAAGAUGUACCCCACAAUAGGACCUUCAAGACACCUCGUCGAGGGCGCGGAGGCGGCCGUGGUGACUGGAUGGGUCGCGAUGGUCGGGCACCCCAGGGCGCGCCUGGUCAGUUCCCUCCUGCUGGCGCUGGGUUCCCGGUCAUGCCACCAUCAUUCCCGGCAUUCGAUCAAAAUGACCCGAUGGCGGCGAUGAUGGCCCUACAGGGCAUGGGGUUUCCUCAGAUGCCAGGGAUGCCUCCAAUGCCGAUGGCGGCUCAAGGUGGUGCUGGUCAGCCCCAGGAGCAAAUGAUGGCCAAGUCAUCUGAGCGGUGCCCGUUCUACGAGACGCAAGGCAUCUGCUACCUUGGGGCAGCCUGCCCCUACCAGCAUGAUACCGGUCCCACCGCAAAGGAAGACGAAUAUGACCCUAAAUCAGCUAGUAUCAUGGUGGACUUUCAAAGACGAGACGGAGGCCCGAUGCGCGGCAGUGACCGAGGUCGUGGCCGUGGCCGCGGUGGCGAUAGAGGCGGCUUUGGAGGCCGAGGGCGUCGGUCUGAGUUCUCUACCGCUGGUCCCAGCGACGAUCCCUCCAUGAAGACGAUUGUUGUGGAACAAAUUCCUGAUGACAAGCUCGACGAGGCUACGGUGCGGGAGUUCUUUGCCCAAUACGGCGAGAUCGUUGAGAUCUCGUUGCAACCGCACAGGAAACUGGCCUUGAUCACGUACGAUAGCCACGCAGCAGCCAAGCGGGCAUGGUCCAGUCCUAAGGUCAUCUUUGACAAUCGGUUCGUCAAGGUUUACUGGCAUAAGCCCAAAGCCGAGAGAAACGGUGACCAACGACCCGCGGGAGACGCAAUGGACGAAAGCCCCGUGUUUGAUCCUCAAGAAUUCCAAAGACAGCAGGAAGAAGCGCAGAAGGCGUACGAGGAGAAAAUGCGCAAGCGAAAGGAGACCGAAGAGGCCAAACAGAAGCUGGAGAAACAGCGAGAAGAACUCCUCAAGAAGCAGCAGGAGGAGAAGGAGCGGCUCUUACAGAAACUCGGCGCCAGCGCUACAAGCAACGGCACGACUCCUGAUGGCGAAGCUCGUCACUCCCCUGCCGACGAAAACGCAAGCGAGCAGACGAAGCAGCUCCGCGCGCAGCUGGCGGCUCUCGAGGCCGAAGCCAAGACCCUUGGAAUCGACCCCAACGCCUCGGAAGCGGGCGCGUCACCGUCCUCCUACCGUGGUCGGGGACGAGGAUAUGCAGGCUACCGUGGCGGCUUCGCUCCACGUGGUCGCGGAUACGCUCCUCCAUAUCGCGGAAGCUUCCGUGGGCGAGGUGCUGCCCGUGGCCGCGGCGGUGUUCUCCGGCUUGACAACCGGCCCAAGAGAAUCGCUGUCUCUGGUGUGGAUUUGAAUACGGACAAGGAUGAAGCGCUGAGACAGUUCCUCAUUGGCGUCGGCGAGUACGAGUCCAUCGAACCUCACCCUGAACAGCCAAGCACUGUCGUCGUGGCCUUCAAGGAGCGCUACCAAGCCGAGAAAUUCAUGCGCGGGCCGUGGAAUAUCCCAUCCGUCGGAGAGGUCCAGCUCACCUGGGUCCCCAACCCUCCCAUGGUUGUUGGUACACUUGCUCAGAUCACGGGCCCUGGCUCGGAUACUAAGCCGACUUCGGACGAAGAUACAGUCAUGGAGUCUACGGCGGGCUCGUCUCUCCCUGCGGAUCAGCUCAAUGCUCGCAAGGAUGGAAACCACGACGUUGAUUACGACGUUGCGGAGAUGGAUGACAGCUGGGGUGUAGAGUAG